UAUGCGACACGAGCUUGGAAAGAAUUUGCUUAACCUUUAAACCGUCUUUCUCGCACGACAUUCUGUACUCAUCCUCAAUUACUCUUGAACGAGGAACAACAACAUCGUCUUCCACACCUCGCCGGCCUCUCUACAAAGCAUUGCCGCAAUGAUAUCCAAACGCUUCGCCUCGAAUGCGUCCUGUGCAGCUCGCUGCGCCCGGCGUCCAGUCCCACGAUCGGCCAAUGCUCGUAUCCGCAUGCAAGCUUCCCGGUUUCAAUCUACUUCCUCUGGAGCCACUUCCUCUAGCUCGGCAUCUCCUGCCGUGAUUGGCGCGCUCACCGGCUCUCUCACAACGUUCACCAUCGGCUACCUCUGGUACCGGCAAUCAGGAGCCCGCGAACUCCUCACAACAACCAAGACCACGAAAGACUACGUCUCAUCGGCCUCCAAGAAGCUCAAGGAGACUACCCCAGAGCCCAAUGAAGCGCUGAACUGGUUACGAGACGCUGCAAAGAGCUACGCCGUCUUCAUCCCGGGUGCGCGAGGCUACGUCGAUACCGCCUUCGAGGACCUCGAUGCGAUCCGCGCGAAGCACGGCGACGAGGUCGACAACAUCGUGAGGGACGCAUACUCGGAACUGCAGGACGUAGCGCGCAACGGAGAAAUCAGCAUUCUCACCGCGCAGAAGGCGUGGAACACCAUCGUCAAGCACCUCGGCCGCAUAGGCGAUCUCGCCGGCGAUGCGGCGCAGCAGAUUAUGGACAACCACCCGCAGUUGAAGGAGAAGGUGGGUGGGAACCUCGACCAGCUGAAGGAAAUGGGACGCAACUACGGCCCGGAGGCGAAGAAGGAGGUCGACAAGACUUGGGAUCAGAUUCAGGAUGUGAUCAAGACUGGCAUGAGCGCUGAGAACAUCCAGAAGGUGCAGAAGAUCGUGCAGGAAAAAGUCGACAAGGUCAAGCAGCUCGGUGACGAGGCUUGGAAGAAGGGCAUGGAACAGGCAAAGCCUUACCUCGACACGAACCCCAAAGUCAAGGAACUGGUCGAGCAGAACGCGGAUACCCUGAAACAAGGCAAUGUCCAAGAGCUCUACCAGAAAAUCAAAAAGGCCGUGGAGAACGGCGACACGGGAGACCUGGAGAGCUACGUCAAGAGCGCGGCGAGCAAAGCUAAGGAUAGCGGGUUUGGCGGGCUCGAUCAGUAUCUGAAUAAGAUUCCGGGCGGCGAUCAGAUCAUUCCGAAGUUGGGACAGAUACAGGAGGUGGCGCAGAAGCAUGGCGAUGAGGCGCAGAGGAUAAUGAAGGAUGCCGUGAAUGAGAUCUCAGAGGUGCUGCGGAGGAAGGGAGACGAGGCGCAGAAGGUGGCCGAGAAGGCGAAGGAUGAGUCGAAGAAAUAGGUGGCUUAUGGUUGAGCGGGACUUGUGGGUAUGGUAUGGUACGGGAAGGGGAGUGUAUUAUAUAGCAUUAGUGUGCGAUAGCAUCAACUGAAGGACUUCAUGGUGUUCUCUGGG